AAGAGAGUAGAUCACCUCCACAGACUACCCAUGCUGACAAACACAUCCUUCCAAACACCCAUUCAGCUCUGUGGACAUUAAACUCUGCAGCUCUGACAGGAUGGAUUUUCUGGACCGCGGCUACCUGGACGCGCGGUCUCCGUAUGAUUACACUUUCAAUUUUUGGAACGACUACCUCGGCCUGUCGACACUUGUCGCCAAAAAUAAGAUUACCAGCCCGUCCUGCAGCCCCAACUCUAUCACCGAGUCCCUGAAGGCGACUCUUGGCUUGGAGGACGAUUCCCCGGUUUGCUCCUGCGUAAUUGGACACGGCAGGGACAGCGACGGACACUUGGACUGCUGCUGCGCGGCCGCCGGCUCUCCGCCGAUCUCCAUCUAUGAUCUGAAGGAGCGCAUAUCGCUCCUCAGGCCGUACGAGCACCUCGCUGGUGACUCGCCGCUUGGAGACAGAGAUUCACCCUCCUACAGGGGUAGCUUCGCCGGCCUUGACUUGCUCUCCAUGGACCGAAGGCGCAAACAGACUCAGAGGGGAAAGCCGGAGCCAAAGGUGUGCGUCUUCUGUCGGAAUAACGGCGCACCGGAGGAGGUUUACGGCACCCAUAUCCUGAAGACAGCGGACGGUAGAGUCCUGUGCCCCAUCCUCCGGGCGUACACCUGCCCCCUCUGCAGUGCCAACGGCGACAAUGCGCACACCAUCAAGUACUGCCCGCUUUCUAAAGACCAGCCGAGCCAGAGAGUGGCAAGGGGCGGCAGAGCGAUUGGUAAAAGGCUGAAAAUCUUCUAAGCGAAGGAGAUGAAGGAAGUUUGCGUUGCACUGGCUGAAAUUACCAGAGUGUAUGGCAGUCAUUUUGCCCCAUUUCAUGCACAAGACAACUCUGGAGAGAGAUUUUAAGAAAAUAAGAUUUUUAUUGAUUUUUUUGGUACGUGUCACUGCUUCAUUUGUAAUGUUUUCGUCUAUCUUGUAACUCUAUGGGCACAUAGUUUACAUUCGGAAGCAUUGCGCGCAAUAUAUAACCCCCCCCCCAAAAAAAAAAAAAAAAAUCCCAACCCCAGCACUCUAAGGACUUGGUGAUCAAAAAUGAACCAAAGUACUGUACAGAUCGACCUGUGAAUGACCACCUUCAUGCUGUAAUCAGAAGUUGCUGUGUUUCAAGAAGCGCAGUGCCAGUGCAAACAGCCCCGUGCAUGUCAGGGGGCUGCUUUGGGUUUAUGAGAUGCCAACGUAAAUGAAUAUGCAGCACUCCUGAUAUGAGAUGAAUGUUUAGUCCCCAUGCAAGAUGCAAGAUAUACUUCUCAAUGUCGAGCACAUUUUUUUCUUGAGAUAAAUGUUUUCUACCAAAGGAAUAGACUUUUGUAUUUAGCCUAAAGUUCAUUUCUGUAUGUUUAUAUGUUGGAUGUCUUAUAUUCUUUAUGUGACUUAAUGUGGAUAGCAUUUUACAGAUUUUAACGGAAUGGAAAACAGUGGAAGGUAGACCUGACAGUUCACCUACAUCCUCUUCGAGUAGCUCCAAGCUCUAUUAUAUGAAUUUCCUUAGUUCAAAAAACACAAAUGCUCAACUGAUCUUUUUCUUUUUUUCACGGUGUAAUGUGCACCUGUAAUUCUUGUAAAUGUGUAAAAGGGGCAAACAAUUUUAGCAAUGAAAGCCUGACAUUCCAAAGUCUUUAUCUGUCAAUAAAAAU